UCCCCUUUCUCUGAGGCAGGCAGUACGGCGGCGGGGACGAUCCGAGUCCGAGGCGAGGGAUGCUGCGUGUGGAUCCGGGCGGGGACGAGGAGAUGAUGAUGAUGGGGAUCAUCAAGGAGGAGGAGGAGGAGGAGGACUCUGAAGAAGAAGAAGAAGAUGAAGUCGACGACUACUUGCUGGCUGCCGCCGGCGAGGUUAGGCCAGAAGAGCAGCAUCCGCCGGGGCGGCGUGGGCGUAGGGGUCGGGAGGAGAAGGAGCGGACCAAGGUGCGUGAGCGUCGUCGUCGCGCGGUGACGGGGCGGAUCCUGGCGGGUCUGCGGCGGCACGGCAACUACAGGCUCCGCGUGCGCGCGGACAUGAACGAAGUUGUGGCGGCGCUGGCGAGGGAGGCCGGCUGGGUCGUCCUCCCCGACGGCACCACCUUCCCGUCCUCCCACUCCCAUCCUCAUCCUCCCGUGCUGCCCCGUACCCCGCAGACGAUGCUCGCCGCCGCUGCGCCGCCGAUCCCCGUCUCGUCCUCCGCCGCGCCCGUACGCGUCGCCGUCGUCUCCCCGCUCGCCGCGCGCCCCAUCUCGCGCCGCGCCGGGUCCGCCUUCGUCGCGCCCCCGCGCGCCGUGCCAGCAGAGGGCGCAGCGUCGCCGCUGCUCGCCGUGCCCGUCCCCACAGACGAAGCCGAAGCCCAAGACGACGAUAACGCCAUCGCCAUGGACGGGACCGGCCUCGCCACGUGCCCUGCGCCGGCCGUGGCGCCGCCGCGCCCGCCGGAGCGGGACUUCGCUGGAACGCCCUACGUGCCCGUAUACGUCAUGCUCCCGCUGAAUGUGGUGAGCCUGGAGGGCGAGGUGGUGGACGCGGACGCGCUGGUGGGGCAGCUGCGGGUGCUCAAGGCAGCGGGGGUGGACGGGGUCAUGGUAGACUGCUGGUGGGGGAACGUCGAGGCGCAAAGGCCGCACCAAUACAACUGGACAGGAUACACGAGACUCUUCCACAUCAUCAGGGACCUCAAGCUAAAGCUGCAGGUGGUCAUGUCCUUCCACGAGUGCGGAGGCAACGUCGGGGACGACGUCUCCAUCCCUCUCCCGGACUGGGUCAUAGAGAUUGGGAAGAGCAAUCCAGAUAUCUACUUCACCGACAGGGAAGGCAGGCGCAACACCGAGUGCCUUUCGUGGGGCAUCGACAAAGAAAGAGUUCUGCAGGGCAGAACGGCAGUGGAGGUCUACUUUGACUUCAUGAGAAGCUUCCGAGUUGAAUUCGAUGACUAUUUUGAGGAUGGGAUCAUCUCGGAAAUCGAGGUUGGACUAGGGGCUUGUGGAGAGUUACGCUAUCCGUCCUACGCUGCAAACCAUGGCUGGAAAUACCCUGGCAUUGGAGAAUUUCAGUGCUAUGACAGGUACUUGCAGAAAAAUCUUAGGAGGGCUGCAGAAGCACGGGGACACACCAUAUGGGCAAGAUCACCAGACAACGCAGGCCAUUAUAAUUCUGAACCAAACAAUACUGGUUUUUUCUGUGAUGGAGGGGAUUAUGAUAGCUAUUAUGGCCGCUUUUUCCUCAACUGGUACUCCCAGGUGUUGCUGGAUCAUGCAGACCGCGUACUAAUGCUAGCCAGGUUGGCUUUUGAAGGUUCAGCUAUUGCUGUCAAGGUAUCAGGCAUACACUGGUGGUACAAAACUGCUAGUCAUGCUGCUGAGCUGACUGCUGGGUUUUAUAACCCAUGUAACCGUGAUGGCUAUGCUCCAAUUGCUCAAGUGUUGAAAAAACAUGGUGCAGCUCUGAACUUCACAUGCGUUGAAUUGCGCACUAUGGAUCAACAUGAGGUAUUCCCUGAGGCCUUAGCAGAUCCAGAAGGCCUGGUAUGGCAGGUGCUAAAUGCAGCCUGGGAUGCUGGGAUACAAGUGGCUAGUGAGAAUGCUCUGCCUUGCUACGACAGAGAUGGCUACAACAAAACUUUGGAGAAUGCCAAGCCACGGAACGAUCCAGAUGGACGUCAUCUGUUUGGAUUCACCUACCUUAGGCUGUGCAGCGUCCUCUUUGAGAGACCCAAUUUUAUGGAGUUCGAGCGUUUCGUUAAGAGGAUGCACGGUGAAGCAGUUCUCGACUUGCAGGCGUAGAUUGUUAGUGUUACAUGCAUAUAUAUACAAGACAUUCUGAUUGGCUAGGGCUUUAUGGCUCAUCGGGAACCACAUAUGCCAUUUUUGUUAUAGGCAGUAUUAUCGGAAUAUAUUUGAGCACUGAACCAAACAAUGUCUCUCCAUGAUGUAAAUCAUAUUUUUUGCAUAUACUUGCCAAAUGGCUGACACCACAAGCAUUGGGUCAUAGCCUUUGUAAAAGACCGAGGACAUGUGCUUACCUAUGUUCUAGGUGAUGUUGUUCACUCUACCGAUGCAGAUUAGAAGCAUUGCUUUUGUUACUGA